UAAGCAGUUUAGAAUCUUAAGCAGAUGCAAAAGGAAUAAAGCAAAUGGGGAGAAAAAAAGGCCGAUAAAGUUUCUGGCUUCAAUACAAGAGACAUAUCAUUACCAUAUGAUCUAAUGUGGGUGUCAGCCGGAUUGUGUUCAUUGAGGGAAACCUUAUUUUUUAACCGUGCUAUGGAGUAGAAGCAGGAGAUUUUCAACCUAGUGACAGUCACAGAGCAGCACCUACCCCCUCCUCCUUUCCACACCUGCAAACUCUUUUGCUUGGGCUGAAUAUUUAGUAUAAUUACAUCUCAGCUUUGAGUGCUCCUGUGGCAAAUCCCCGGAUUAAAAGGUACCCUGGUUGUGAAAAUACAUGAGAUAAAUCAUGAAGGCCACUAUCAUCUUCCUCCUGCUUGCACAAGUUUCCUGGGCCGGACCGUUUCAACAGAGAGGCUUAUUUGACUUUAUGCUAGAAGAUGAGGCUUCUGGGAUAGGCCCGGAAGAGCACGCUCCUGAACUUCCCGAAUUAGAGCCCCUGGGACCAGUGUGUCCCUUCCGCUGCCAAUGCCAUCUUCGAGUUGUCCAGUGUUCUGAUUUGGGUCUUCCUCCUUCCCUUACUGAACUACAUCUUGAUGGCAACAAAAUCAGCAGAGUUGAUGCAGCCAGCCUGAAAGGACUGAAUAAUUUGGCUAAAUUGGGACUGAGUUUCAACAGCAUCUCUUCUGUCGACAAUGGCUCUCUGGCCAACACACCUCAUUUGAGGGAGCUUCAUUUGGACAACAACAAGCUUACCAAAGUACCUGGUGGGCUGGCAGAGCAUAAGUACAUCCAGGUUGUCUACCUUCAUAACAACAAUAUCUCUGUAGUUGGAACAAAUGACUUCUGCCCACCUGGGUACAACACCAAGAAGGCUUCUUAUUCGGGUGUGAGUCUUUUCAGCAACCCGGUCCAGUACUGGGAGAUCCAGCCAUCCACCUUCCGAUGUGUCUAUGUGCGCUCUGCCAUUCAGCUCGGAAACUACAAGUAAUUCUUAAGAAAGCCCUCAUUUUUAUAACCUGGCAAAAUCUCAUUAAUGUAAUUGCUAAAAAUAAGUAAAUAAAUAAAAGCUAGAUACUGGAAACCUAACUUCAAUGUGGAUGUGUUACCCACAUGACUUAUUAUGCAUAAAGCCAAAUAUGCAGUUUAAAUAAUUGCCUAUAAUAAAAAAAAAUACUUUGCCUGCCAUUUUCAGAAUCAUUUUUUGAAGCUUUCUGUUGAUGUUAACUGAGCUACUACAGAUAUUCUUUUUUCACUAAAUGUAAAAUUUGGAGUAAAUAUAUAUGUCAACAUUUAGUAAAGCUUUUUUUUUGAUUUUCAGAAAAAAAAUCAAAUAAAAAGAGUAUCAGUCUUCUGUAAUUCAUUGAACAAUCAGCUCCUUUGACAUAAAGUCAAAUGCCAAACACUUGCUCUGUAUUAAUCCCCAUUAUUACUGGUAAAGCCUCAUUUGAAUGUGUGAAUUCAAUACAGGCUAUGUAAAAUUUUUUGCUAAUGUCAAUCUUUUGAAAAAAUAAAUUAAAAAAUACAUUCAAAAUUA